CAUACUAGAAAUAAUUAUAAACAAACCACACACCAUGUUUACCAGGCGUUUAUUAACUCGGCUAAGCCGCUUGAAUAUACGUCCUGCUACCACUGCUGGCUACCACAGCACGUGUCAUAGUAGUCUGCCCACGGUAACGACAGCCUCUGAAAGCUUCAGUCAAAACAAUGGACCUCUGAACAAGCGGCUUUUUAGUAGCCAAAUCGAGACGGAGAGCUCCCUGGAUACGGCCACCUACGAACGUCUGUGCUCAGAGACCCUUGACGGCCUGUGCGACUACUUUGAAGAGCUGACCGAGAACGCCACAGAUCUCAUUGGCACCGACGUGGCCUAUGGCGAUGGUGUUCUUACAGUGAAUCUUGGUAAGAGCCACGGCACCUAUGUGAUCAAUCGCCAGACGCCCAACAAGCAAAUCUGGCUGAGUUCCCCCACCAGCGGUCCCAAGCGCUUCGAUUUCGUUGGCACACCCAAGGCCGGCAAAUGGAUAUACAGGCACACGGGCCAGUCCCUGCAUCAGUUGUUGCAGCUCGAAAUACCAACUAUUGUCAAGUCACAGACGGUGGACUUUAUGCGGUUGCCUCACUGUAGUUAGAGUUUAGUUCCUUGAUACAAAACGAAGAAAAAAUGAAAGAGUCAAUCGUUUAAUGCUUUA